AAGCCAGUCACAUGGCUCACUCACCCACUGGCAGACGACAGGUUUAAAAGGGUGAGAAAUUGAUAGGAGUAAUAUUGAUUUGGCGGGUAUUUUACACGAGAGAUAACUAGUUGACAUUUUUGUUGUGAAUAUGGAUAUUGUAAAACAGUUUUCUAUUCAAUGCUUAGUGACAAUUAUUUUAACUUUUUGUUUGAUAGAAGAGACUAAUUCGUGCUUUAUUCGGAACUGUCCUCCAGGUGGAAAAAGGAGUAUGGAUACUUUAACAAGAGUUUCAAGACAGUGCAUGUCUUGUGGUCCUGAAUUAAGUGGACAAUGUGUUGGACCUGAUAUCUGUUGCGGGCCAUUUGGAUGCUAUAUGGGUACAUUGGAGUCUUCAAUAUGUCAAAAGGAAAAUGAAAGCACCCAUCCAUGUGAGAUACAAGGUGCCCCAUGUGGGAGUAGAGGUCAAGGGAACUGUGUAACGGAUGGUAUAUGUUGUGACUCGGGUGCAUGCUCUUACAACGCUAAGUGCAAGACACAUAACAUGAAGGAUAACCAAGCCAUACUUAAUGUUCUUAAUGAAUUACUCCAAUCACGUGACUUAACGGACAAAUAAGUGAUGCAGCAUCAAUGUCACGUGAUACUUCUCGAACAUGGCUCGUGAGAUUAAAGUAUUUGGAUUUUAUUCAAGGUGUUUUAAAGAGUUUUUCCUGUUUACAUCUCGAUGGCGAGUAGAGUAAAUGAUGUGUUGUGAAUAUUGCUAAAUGGCCAAUAAUUAAGGCCUUGAUUGAUUGUGUCUAUCUUUCUAAUAUUUGAAGUUGUAAAAACUUAUCAUUUAUGAACACAUUGAAUACCAGAUGACAUUUACUACCAUUUUUAAAUGCUAAAUUAAUAAUUGGGUUAAAAUUAUUCUUAUCAUCCUUUUUUUCCUAAGCAUCCACCUACUUGUAUGUCUGCCUUAGAUUUUGUCAUUCUUUUACCUGUGACUAAACGUGUUCAUAUUUUUUAACUGGAAUUAAUAUAACAUAAUUAUAUCAUUA